AGGAAAGAAGAGGACCGGUCGGUAACUUGUCUCGCGUGCGGCGCGUCCAUCAAAUUUGGCGCACGCAGGGCGACAACUCGUUCUGUAGUAUUCCUCCUCCCCAUUCUCUCGAAGCUGCUGCCCGUUUCAAUUCCUCGGGGAUUAACGAGGAAUUAGCGACAAAUAAUCGCGAGGGGCGGAGGAUUGAGAGAAAGAGGGAUGUGGGUUUUCUAUUUGAUCUCGCUGCCUCUAACCCUGGGCAUGGUUCUGAUCACGCUACGGUACUUCGCCGGCCCCUACGUACCCAAAUACGUACUCUUUACGGUCGGAUACGCUUGGUUCUGCUCGCUCUCCAUCAUCAUCCUCGUCCCCGCCGACAUCUGGACUACUAUAAUCGGUCAUGACAAUGGAGGCAUUGCGUUCUUUUGGAGUUGGUCCUAUUGGAGCACAUUUCUCCUGACAUGGGCUGUGGUUCCUACUAUUCAGGGUUAUGAAGAUGCUGGGGAUUUCACUGUGAGAGAAAGGCUAAGGACUAGUAUCCGUGCGAACUUGGUCUUUUAUCUAAUAGUGGGAUCUAUUGGCCUUUUUGGACUUAUUCUGCUCAUCAUUAUGCGCAGAGACUGGAGUGGGGGUAUUGUGGGCUUGGCUAUGGCUUGCUCGAAUACCUUUGGGCUUGUCACUGGUGCAUUCCUUCUUGGUUUCGGGUUGAGUGAAAUCCCAAAGAGCAUUUGGAAGAAUGCAGAUUGGACCAAUCGUCAAAAGUUUCUUUCUCAUAGGGUUGCAAAAAUGGCUGUAAGCCUAGAUGACGCUCACAAAGAAUUGUCAAAUGCUAUUGUAGUUGCUCAAGCCACAUCCAAGCAGAUGUCAAAGCGUGAUCCUUUGAGGCCUUACAUGGACGUUAUUGAUGAUAUGGUGCUUCAAAUGUUUCGGGAAGAUCCAUCUUUUAAACCAUCAGGUGGGAGACUGGGAGAAAAUGAUAUGGAUUAUGAUACAGAUGACAAAUCUAUGGCUGAGCUUAGACGGCAGCUCAGGAGAGCUCGGGAGGAGUAUUAUCGUUACAAAAGUGAAUAUAUGACUUAUGUCCUGGAGGCCCUUCAGCUGGAAGAUACUGUGAAGAACUAUGAGCGACGUGAUUCAACUGGAUGGAAAUAUGUUUCAAGUUUUAGAAGUAGCCGCACGGGGACACUAGGAUCUUUUCUUGAGACAACAGAGUUUUUGUGGCGCUGUGUACUUAAGAAGCAACUGGAGAAGGCCUAUGCUGUGUUGCUUGGUUGCAUGUCAGUUGCAAUUCUUUUAGCUGAAGCCACUCUCUUACCAAGUGGAGUUGAUUUAUCCCUCUUUUCUAUUCUUAUUAAAGCAGUCGGCAAGCAAGAGAUGCUUGUCCAGGUAGCUGCAUUUUCUCCUCUGAUGUACAUGUGUAUCUGUACUUAUUAUUCCUUAUUCAAGAUUGGAAUGCUUAUGUUUUAUUCAUUAACACCGAGACAAACAAGUUCAGUGAGCCUGCUUAUGAUUUGCUCAAUGGUUGCACGUUAUGCACCUCCUAUUUCUUAUAAUUUUCUUAAUCUCAUUCGUCUUGGCGGUGAUGCGAAAACUAUGUUUGAAAAGAGGAUGGGGAAUAUUGAUGAUGCUGUCCCUUUCUUUGGGAAAGGAUUUAAUAAAAUCUACCCCCUUAUUAUGGUUAUUUACACUGUUCUCGUUGCCAGCAAUUUCUUUGAUCGAGUGAUAAAUUUCUUUGGAAGCUGGAAAUGGUUCAGAUUUCAGAAUGAGGAAGAGGAUAUGAAUGGGUUUGAUCCCUCUGGACUCAUUAUUCUGCAGAAAGAAAGAUCUUGGCUUGAGCAAGGUUGUAAAGUUGGGGAACAAGUCAUACCAUUGGCGCGGAAUUUUAACAGUACGAAUGUAGAUUUGGAGUCUGGCAAUGUACCUCAGGAUAUGGCAUCCAAGGAUGAAGUAACCGGGACUCCAUCCAAAUCUCACAAAGAAGAAAGCCGAAGAUAUGGUUCCCAUAGGGAAACCUUAGCAAACAAAUAUGCAGCUAUACGAGAACAGCAAGUAAGAGAUCUAACUUCCACCUCAUUAGCCAAAGAAAAAGUUACUUCAACAGCUUCAGUCUCUUUGCUCGACGCUAGUGGCUCCCAAAACCAGUUAGUUGGCAAUUCAAGCGUCUCUUCUUCAGGCAUCUCAUCUACUUGGGCGUCUAUGAAAUCUGGAUUUCAAAAUUUCAAGGCCAAUGUUGGGGCAAAGAAGUUUCUUCCUCUAAAACAGCUUCAAGAAACUACUUCAUUUCACACUCGCGUCUCUUCUUCUGAGUCCCUUGAUGAAAUAUUUCAGAGAUUGAAACAAAAACCGAGCAGAGAUCAUGGCGGAAAUCAUGCCUAUAAUGAUAGCGAUGAUGAUAUUUGAUUUUAUUGGACAGAGAUCUAAUACUCCAUAUUCAGGAUUUUGAGAAAUUAGCAAAGUGUACAGUUCGUGUGGUCCCCAGAAUUUUUCACAGUGCAUCUCCUAAGGACUGCAAGGGGAUCUGAUAGCAUACAUUAGAGCUAAAAAUGCAUGUGUUAAUAGGUGUUACGGCAUAGAGAAACAAGAGCUGAAUUAGAGAGAUAUGAUGAUGUUUUGUUUAUUCACUUAAGGUUGUGACCAUAUUUCUGGUUAUUGUUGACUUAUGUCUCACUUUGCAGGGAUUGGACUAGAAAUCUUAAUUAAGGUAUACGAAAUAUAGUUGUAAGCUACUUAUGUUGUAUGAACAAUUCAAGAUAAUGGAAUGAACGCUGAUGCACUUGCACUUAUGGUAA